AUGCCCCUCUUCCGCAAGAAAGACAAGUCCAAGCCGUCCUUCUCGUCUUCUGCGUUCCGAUCGGUCGAGCAUCUGCCCCGUACCGGUAAUCCUCCCUCCAGGGGCUCCUCUGCCGCCCCUCAUUUCGACAGCGACGAUAGUAACAACAACAAUACAUACCAACACCAACACCAAAAUAACUACACCGUCUCCACUUCGCAGCAGUUUCCGCCCCAAACCCAGCCUCAGGCGCAGACUCACCCUUACUCCCACGCUCACUCGCAAUCGCAGACGCAAUUUCACUCUUCCGACCCCCGUCUACCUCCACCUCGUAAUCCUGCCCGCUCGUCAGGCCUGCAGCGCUCGCACACUCAGCGUCUUCGUACACCGCCAGACGCUUCGACUCUCUCGAACUCGAACUCCACAAUCACGGUAGCCACCAACAACCCUUCUUCUCCCUCCCAGCUCGCGCCACCUCAGUCCUUCGAUGCUGACGUCUCCGACCAGUCGUGGCCAUCAUCCCCUACUGACAAGCCAGACGACCAGGAACCCCGCCGGUCUAAACGGAGUCUGUUUUCGUUCCAUUCCUCAACUUCUUCGUCGUCCGUCCGAGACCAGCCCAGUUUGUUGGAGCGCAAUCGAUCUGUGAAGUUAACCGGCCGACGCCAAUCGGGGCAGGUACAGCAGCAGCAACAGCAGCAACAACAACUCCGCCAGCAACAGUCGCCGCAGUUGCUGGAACAAUCGCGUUCGUCGUUGGAGGGUUGGUCCAAAGACUAUGCGGUAGACGCCCCGGAAUCUGAACAACAAUCGUCCAUGCCGCAGCAGAGUACCGGUCGUGUUCCUGAUCCUGGUCUCGCCCCUCAUACCCGCUCGCCUCACCCCUCCCCCAUUCCGCGGUCCAAUACCGACCCCCAUCUUUUCGACCCGGUCUAUCGGCAGCAGCCCGCCGAAACUCCCAGACAAGCUUCAGACCUGGCUCCCUCUAGUCACCAAUUGGACCCUCGCCCGCCUUCCCGACAAUCUAUCGGACCCCCCUCGCCGUUCCCUCAUCCUAAGAGCGAAACAUCUUCAGUGUCGCAGCUCGGGGCGAUGUCCGACCGACCCACCGGCGGAAAUCAACAAAAUCAAUCUCAGCCCCCAGGUUCGAGCCACGGGAACAAUGCUGGCCAACAGCAAGGUGCCCUCGACACCGGGCGUGCCACACCCACUUCUAAAGACAACCGGAGUCGUGACGAUGAAAAUGACUUCCGUGCCUUACUCCAGAAACAUGAGGAACUGCAGGCCAAAUAUUCCAAGGUGAAACGGUACUACUUUGAACGAGAUGCGCAGGUUCAGCAUCUGCAAAAUACCGUAGCCCACCAGCGGAUGGCUGUUUCCCGAACAGUCCUCGAUGAUAAUGAGUACGCCAACCGGUUUGGCCGUCUCGACGGUGCCAUCAAGGACCUCGCCUUCUCCAUUCGCAAGGACUGGAAGACGCUCCCCAACUGGCUCGCUGGAUUUGUCAAUGAAGACGCGGCUACCACAGGCACAAAGGAAAUGACCGCAAUCGGCCGAACCGUGAUGAGUCGCUGGCUCGUGGACGAGCUCUUCGAGCGGUACUUUCACCCGUCUCUCGAACGAGGCUUCAGCCAGCAGUUGAAAUCGAUUGAAAUGACGCUGCGCCGACAACAAAUAAAUACUGCUACAGAAGAAGAUAAGGAGAACGCCGUUGCCCGCAUCUCCAACUGGCGCCGCACCACACUCGACGGCCUCGGAAAUACCCUCCAAGGUCCCGCAGCAGACGAACACCGUGCCCAACUCAUCGAUUCCCUCGUCGAGAGUCUUGUCGCAGCCCUUGUCAGUAACCUCAACAGUCCCCCUCCCCCAGGUAUCGACAACGGUGCACGCAUGAUCAUAGAGAAUGCAAUCGGCAUCGCCGAAAAGAUCCCACUCGAAUCCCGAGACAUCUGCGUCGAAUACAUUCUCCCAGGCUCAACCAUCCACGACGCCACAAUGAAAAUCGAACCUGGUGUCCUCCCCCCGCUCACCAACGUCGGUAACCCCCCUGACCCCCGCCGCUCCGCUGAAGAAUCCUCCGACAACAACAAUCCUGACGAGGAUGGCCCUGGUGCCGGCGCCGGAAACAACGCGGAAAAUGACCGCGAGUCACCUCCCAAUUCCACGAACCCCGGUGGUCUCGAUGGGCCUCCGGCAGCCCGCGAACAACGCAUGCGCUCCGUCUUUAGUAACUUCAUGGGUCGGGAGCGGAAACCGGGACAAGGACCGGGUUCUGCAGGGCCCGGUUCUAGUCCUGGCCCUGCGCCUCCAGCUGGUAAUGUCGGUGACGCCGUCCGUCGCGGCUCCGUUACGGCUCCUGCCUCAGGACCAACCCGUAUCCGACUUGCGGCGUUUGUGACGGCUGAAGUGCGCGGACGCGGGCCGAUCAAUGUCCUGGUAAAGGCUCCUGCUUAUCCGAUAGAAUAA